UCAUUCCACAAGUUUUGGGAUUAGAUAAAGCAAAUGUACAGACUGAUGCAUGUACAUGGCUUUCUUUCUUUCAUUUCACUCUGAAUUUCACAUCUACACUUUCUAUUUCGGUAUUAUGCUUUUCUCAUCAACAAUCUGCUUUUUCACAACUGGUUCUCAAGCUUAUCUACAUUUUGUUUCUGAUUUCUUCACAUGUUUUAAAUUUUUGUCAAUAUUACAGUAAAGGAGCUUGUCAGUGUUUCUCAGUCCAGUCAUCACCAUUGUUUCUCUCUCUAGAGUGCUUGAUCUGAAACCCAUCUGUCUCUCACUCUUCCUUGCAAGAUUUGAGAUGGGUAUUUCAAGAAACAGCCAUUAGAGGGCAUUUGGGUGUCAAACUUCCAUGGAAGUUGAAAAUACAAGCAUUCUUGUUGUAGCAUUGUUUUUCUCUCUUGUUUCAGUUGUUUUUAGUGUUACAGACCAACAUGACCUUGAAAUUCUCAACCAGUUCAGACAAGGAUUAGAGAACCCAGAGCUCUUGAACUGGCCUCCCAAUGGGGAUGACCCAUGUGGUCCUCCAAGUUGGAACCAUGUGUUCUGUAUUGGUAAUAGGGUUUCUCAGAUUCAAGUCCAGAACAUGGGUUUGAAAGGUCCUUUGCCUAAGAACUUGAAUCAAUUGACUAAACUCAUCAAUCUAGGCCUCCAAAAGAACCAAUUCAAUGGGAUAUUGCCUUCUUUUAGUGGGUUGUCUGAAUUGAAAUUUGCUUAUUUAGAUUAUAACAAUUUCGAUUCGAUUCCAUCAGAUUUCUUCGAUGGGCUUGUCAAUUUGCAGGUUUUGGCAUUGGAUUUUAACCCUCUCAAUGCCACAACUGGUUGGUCACUGCCUUCUCUGUUGCAAAACUCAGCUCAAUUGACAACUCUUUCUUUGAUGAAUUGUAGUUUGGUUGGUCCAUUGCCUGAGUUUUUGGGAAAUUUGAGAUUGCUCACAACGUUGAAACUCGCGUUGAAUCGGAUUUCUGGGACUAUUCCAGCAAGUUUUAGCAACUUGACAUUGCAGACUCUAUGGUUGAAUGGACAAUCUGGAAGAGGAAUGACUGGUCCGAUUGAUGUAGUUUCGUCAAUGGUGUCACUCACUAGUCUAUGGCUUCAUGGCAACAGAUUUUCAGGUAAAAUUCCUGGAAACAUUGGUAAUUUAACUUCUUUGAAGGAUUUCAAUGUGAAUAGCAAUGAUCUUGUUGGAUUGUUACCUGAUAGCUUAGCAGAUUUGGAGUUAGACAACUUAGAUUUGAACAAUAAUCAGUUUAUGGGUCCUGUUCCAAGGUUCAAAUCUGUUAAUUACUCUUACAAUUCGAACAACUUUUGUCAAUCUGAUGUGGGAGUUCCUUGUGCCCCUGAAGUUAUGGCAUUGUUAGAAUUUCUUGAUGGGUUGAAUUACCCGCCAAGACUUGUUUCUUCGUGGUCUGGUAAUGACCCUUGUGAGGGACCAUGGUUGGGAGUGAGUUGUGCCAACCAGAAGGUUUCUAUCAUAGACUUGCCAAAGUAUAAUCUUAGUGGCACCUUGAGUCGUUCAAUAGCAAAGCUAGGUUCCCUUACUCAAAUUAAGCUUCCAUUUAAUCGUCUCACCAGUCCAAUCCCACAAAACUGGACUAGCUUGAAAAAUUUGACCCUGUUGGAUCUAAGUGGCAACAAUCUUUCUGCUCCAUUGCCGAAAUUCAGUGGCUCUGUCAAACUUGUCUUAUUUGACAAUCCUCUACUAAACUCUAAUCAGUCUGAAGAAACCCCUUGGCUAAGAAACAACCCGCCAUCUGGGGGUUCGCAAUCCCCUAUUAAUGAUCAUUUUUCACCGCCUAAUCCCUUUAUUCCUAACCAAUCAACUGAAGAGCAAAGAUCCAAAACGUCUAAACUAGUUGUGAUUGUGGUCCCUAUUGCAAGUUUUGCAGCCCUUGUUGUCUUUUUCAUUGUUCCUUUAGCAGUUUAUUGUUGCAAUAAAAGAAAGAAUGCCUUUGAAGCUCUAACUUCCUUUGUGAUUCACCCUAGUGACCCCUCCAACGUAGAUAAAAUGGUUAAGAUUGUAGUUGCGAAAAAUACUAAUGGAAGUGUUUCUACGGGAAGUGGUUUUGGGAGCAGAAACAGUAGUGGAAUAGGUGAGUCUCGUAUCAUUGAGUCUGGAAACUUGGUCAUAUCAGUUAAAGUUCUUCGGAAUGUGACUAAGAAUUUUGCCUCUGAAAAUGAGCUUGGCCGCGGUGGUUUUGGAGUAGUUUACAAAGGAGAGUUGGAUGAUGGAACAAAGAUAGCAGUGAAGAGAAUGGAAGCUGGUGUGAUUAGCAGCAAAGCUUUGGAUGAGUUUCAAGCUGAAAUAGCCGUUCUUUCAAAGGUUCGCCACCGUCAUUUGGUAUCUCUUCUUGGGUAUUCGAUUGAAGGCAACGAGAGAAUUUUAGUUUACGAGUAUAUGCCUCAAGGAGCUCUCAGCAAGCACCUUUUCCACUGGAAGAGCUUGAAUUUGGAACCAUUAUCAUGGAAGAGAAGGCUGAAUAUUGCCUUGGAUGUGGCUAGAGGGAUGGAGUAUCUUCAUAGUCUUGCUCAUCAGAGCUUCGUACAUCGAGAUCUUAAGUCGUCGAAUAUCUUACUCGGUGAGGAUUUUAGAGCAAAAGUUUCAGAUUUUGGAUUAGUGAAACUAGUUCCUGACAGCGAGAAGUGUGUGGUAACCAAGCUUGCAGGGACUUUUGGAUACCUGGCACCAGAAUAUGCCGUUAUGGGUAAAAUUACGACCAAAGCCGAUGUCUUCAGUUUUGGUGUUGUUUUAAUGGAGCUAUUAACUGGAUUGACGGCACUUGACGAGGACAGACCUGAGGAAAACCAAUACCUAGCUUCAUGGUUCUUGAAAAUCAAAUCAACUAAAGGCAAGCUCAUGACCGCCAUUGACCCAUCCCUUGAUGCCAAACAAGAAACAUUCGAUACCAUCUCCAUCAUUGCAGAACUUGCUGGUCACUGCACUGCAAGAGAGCCAAACCAACGACCCGAUAUGGGCCACGCUGUGAAGGUUCUGAGCCCCCUUGUCGAGAAAUGGAAACCACUAGAUGAUGACACAGAGGAGUAUUGUGGUAUUGAUUACAGUCUCCCACUUAACCAAAUGGUGAAGGGCUGGCAAGAAGCGGAAGGAAAGGACAUUUCUUGUUUGGACCUAGAGGACACCAAGAGUAGUAUACCAUCAAAGCCUACUGGAUUCGCGGAGUCGUUUACUUCAACUGAUGGUCGAUAAGAAGAGGUACUCUUCCUGCGUUUCGCGUGACACGUUUUUGUGGUGGAUGUAAAUAGCAUGUUGUUUUUUAUUUGUGUAUUUGAAAUUUGAUUUUGUUAGCAUAUUCUACUGGUGUUGGCUUUGGUGGUUGAUGUUGGAGACUUGAAAAUGCUUGUUUGCUUUGAAGUUUCAGCUGUGAGAUGUAGAUAGAGAACAAUGAAUGACAGUUGUUGUGAGUUGUGUGGAUUUUUUUUUCCCCCUUCCUGUAAAUUCUGUAUCUUUAAGUUUGGAUGAAUAUGCUGCAGUUGUUGUUUG